GUAGAUUUGUCGCCUACUUCCAAGGCGCUUAGGCAUUCUACGCGGCAUACGGGUCUUUCGCAAAGCAAAAAAGAAAGCUUUCUCUUGGUACGAGCGCCACCAACCUCAUAUCAUAACUUCCUUUUAACUACUGAUAAGAAAAUAAGAGAGCUCCUAUGUGGGCAUCUUCUAUCCACCCAAUUUAGCUCCCACUUGUAAUCUAUCACUCUCUGCUAAAUCUGUUGAUUUUCCAUGUUAAUGGCCUCUGUGAAGCUUAUUGGGUUCUCUUUUCUUGGUUCUGCUUCCAUACCCACCAGUUGUUGAGUGCACAUUAGGUGUUUGAUGAUUUGUCUAUGAGAAGUUGAGUGGGUUUUUUGGGCUGGCUUUGUUGAUUUUAGCUUGAUAUUUGGUGGUUUGGAUUUCUGGGUCUGACUAGGAAUGAUGUCUGUCAUAUGCCAGAGCCUUGAUUUCGGAAGGCAUGUUUUGGAUUAUGUUGCUUGUGGUUGUUCUUCCAAUACUCCGUUGGAUCGAUAUACGGUGAGGAGUCAUGUUAAACCGUGUUCUAAGGGUAGAAAGAGGAGGCACCAAACUCCAACUUUGGCUUGUUCCCGACGAAACGUUGGCCAGUGCAGAGUGUUUUCAACUACUAAACCAGAAACCGUACUCGAUGGUAUUACUGGAGGUCCUCAAGCAUUCUUGGAACUGAGGAAGGAGUCCCGCCCAAUCUCGCUGACAAAUUUGUUUGAGGUUGUGGGCGAUGAUCUCCAGAAGCUCAACCAAAAUCUUCUGUCUAUGGUUGGUAAGGAGAACCCGGCCUUGGUAUCUGCCGCUAAACGGAUAUUUGGUGCUGGAGGUAAGAGGAUGAGACCAGCUCUAGUAUUCCUAGUGUCAAGAGCGACAGCCGGAUUAGUCGGGCUAGAAGAACUCACUGUGGAGCAUCGGCGUUUGGCAGAGAUCAUUGAAAUGAUCCACACUGCAAGCUUGAUACACGAUGAUGUAUUAGACGAUAGUGACAUGAGGAGAGGGAAGGAAACCUUACAUCAAUUAUAUGGUACCAGAGUGGCGGUGCUAGCUGGAGAUUUCAUGUUUGCACAGUCAUCAUGGUGUCUUGCAAAUCUCGAAAACCUCGAAGUCAUUAAGCUUAUCAGUCAGGUUAUUAAAGAUUUUGCCAGUGGUGAAAUAAAGCAAGCAUCAAGCCUGUUUGACUGCGAAGUUGAACUUGAAGAAUAUUUGAUCAAAAGCUAUUAUAAAACAGCUUCCUUAAUUGCUGCUAGUACAAAAGGUGCUGCAAUCUUUAGUGGGGUUGAUCGCGAUACGACUGAGAAGGUGUACGAGUAUGGAAAGAAUCUCGGUCUUUCAUUCCAAAUUGUCGACGACAUAUUGGACUUCACACAAUCAACAAAGCAGCUCGGGAAGCCUGCAGGAAGCGAUCUAGCUAAAGGAAAUCUUACAGCCCCAGUUAUAUUUGCUCUGGAGAGAGAGCCUAAACUGAGAGACAUUAUCGAAUCGGAAUUCAGCGAGCCGGGGUCUCUCGAUGAAGCCAUCAGCUUAGUCAAGAGCAGUGGUGGCAUCGAAAGAGCACAGGAACUAGCUAAACAGAAGGCUGAUGUCGCAAUCCAAAAUCUCCAAUGCCUUCCACAAAGUGCCUUUCGGUUCGCGCUUGAGGACAUGGUGAUGUUCAAUCUAGAACGAAUCGAUUAGUUUAGUUAAGGAAAAUAUACUUGGGAAGUUGACCAAUGGAGGAAUUCUGUCUGCUCUGCUGCAAUCCCUCAGAAAUCAAACGGAGACUCUACAGUUCACCUUUUGCCACCACACAAGCUGCUUUGUUACUGGCUGGUUGUUGUAUAUUUGAUUGAACAUGUUGAGCUGCAAAUUAACUGCUCAUUAUAUUUUAUAUUCAAUUAUAGAUUGUCUGACAUGGAAUCUCUGCUUCUGAUAGUUUCUGUAUACUAAAUUCUAAUAAAAUUUUUAGAUUUUGUACA